CUGCAAGUGCUCAGAGUCGAGUGUGAAACAAGCAGAAGGAACUUGGUAGUUUGCACACUUUUUGAUCUAGGAGCUUUCUUACUGAAAACAGUUAUAACUCCAGAUUUUGAAGAGAAAAUCAACUGACUUCUAAAAGUACAUUACUGAACUUGCGAGUUAGAAAAAGAUUGCGCGGAAGCAGAUCUGAACUCUUUAAAAACUCUGCUACAUUUCUAUUUUGAAAUACUUUGCAUCAAGAGUUUUUUUUCCAUCGGUAUUCUAUGUCUACGAAGAUGGAGCAACCAUUCUACCACGACGAUGCACUCAACGCAGCUUUUGCACAGCCUGAAAAUUCUGGUUAUGGAUAUAGUCCGAAAAUGCUGAAACAAAAUAUGACUUUAAACCUGUCAGAUCCAGCCAGCAACUUGAAACCGCAUCUGAGGAACAAGAACAGUGAAGGUAUCUUAACGUCUCCGGACGUGGGACUUCUCAAACUCGCAUCACCUGAACUUGAACGUCUUAUAAUUCAGUCUAGCAACGGCUUGAUCACAACCACCCCAACACCGACCCAGUUCCUGUGCCCCAGGAAUGUUACGGACGAACAGGAGGGUUUCGCUGAAGGUUUUGUCAAAGCUCUAGAAGAACUUCAUAAACAGAAUAUUCUGCCCAGCGUGACAUGUUCAACUCAGUCUGUGAACACGCCGAUUGCGGUCUCUGCCUCUCUGCCUAGUGCAAGCACUGUUUACAAUUCAAAUUUGCACCAGGAGCCUCCCGUGUAUGCGAAUCUCAAUAACUUUAAUCCUAAUACCAUCACGACUCAACCUAACUACAGUACCAAUAACAUGAACUAUGCAACACCUCAGCAUCACGCUAUGAACCCUCAAAUGCCCGUCCAACAUCCCAGACUCCAGGCCCUGAAGGAGGAACCUCAGACGGUGCCCGAGAUGCCCGGGGAGACCCCACCGUUGUCUCCUAUUGACAUGGAGUCACAGGAGCGAAUCAAGGCGGAGAGGAAGCGAAUGAGAAACCGCAUUGCCGCCUCAAAGUGCCGGAAGAGGAAACUGGAGAGAAUCGCCAGGCUGGAAGAUAAAGUUAAAACCUUAAAGGCACAGAACUCUGAACUGGCAUCGACGGCAAACCUGCUACGGGAACAGGUUGCCCAGCUGAAACAGAAAGUUAUGAAUCACGUAAACAGCGGCUGCCAACUCAUGCUAACGCAGCAGCUGCAAACGUUUUGAUUCAAGAGCGUAAAGGGAGAAACUGUUGGUGAAUAAAUGCGAAGAGGACUGCAUUAAAUAAAUCAAGCCAGAACAAGUCCUGAUUGCGCCCCGAGCGCGCAUGCACGGAGGAAAACGUGGAGGACUCUGCUUGAUGUAAAAAAAGAAACCCAGAAUGACUGAAAAGCUGUUUGCAGCAGAAAAACAUAAAUAUCGAGUCAUUGUUUUACUUUGACCAAGUCUUGCAUGGACCGAAGCAGUUCAGAAUCAUCCAGUAUUACCGAAUUUAAAAGUGCGAUAGCAUAGAUCGCUUCUGAUGUAGUAUAAAGUGGGGGAGGGCGUGGGAGGGAGUUAAGGGAGGUUUAAAGCUUUGAGGCCGUCUUGCCUUGGAUAAUGUACAGACUAUGUUUUGUUUUAUGAAAGAUCAUUUUCUGUCAACAAGACAUAACCGCUUCAAGCGAUAGCCUUUGUAAGUUAUUUUUUAUGUUGCUUAUUGGGAUAGACCCCCAAUAUAUUCAUGUAAAUAAGAGAUUUGGAGGACUGUAAGUUUACCAUUUGUAAUAAAGUAUAUAAUUUUUUAUGUUCGUUUCUGAGAACUUCUGGAAAAAGUUCAAUUAUAUUUAAAAUGUAUGAAUAAAGUAUUUGAAAAGACAA